AUGUGCUUCUCCAGACACAAGAAGGUACGUCCCUCAGGUAACUCUUAUCCUACCUUUUCAGCGGAGACGAAGGCAUAGCAGUAACAAAUCGGACAGAAAGGACGAAAGGUCGGUUUGGCUGAAUUUCAAUACCUAUUUUAAUAUCGUGACAUUAAUAUUGUGUUUUGUAUAAUAGAUUUUGGAGUUUCGUACAGUUUUGUUUUAGUUUUUGCGGUAUUACCCAUUUUGCCUAACAUAUUAGUGAUAAGACUGAGUAUAACUCUACAUGGGAAAUGUGAUUACUCAGUAUUAGUACAUUUUGUUGAAAUAAUCUUUGCCAUUUUACAGCAGAAACUCUGUCAACUCCACUAAAGGUGAUAAGAAUGACGAUGUUAAAGGUAAGAGGUCAUUUUUCAAAGUCACAACAAAAUGAAUUGCCAUUUUCAGAUAGAGAUGAAGACCAAAGCGGAAAGAAAGUCGAUGACACAGGCAAGAAAAUGGCAGCCGACAAUACGUUAAAAGAAGUUGGCAACAGGAUGCCCGAGAUGGAGAUGACAAACAAAGAGCUGGCGGAUGUUGUUUUCACUGAUGAUCAGUUGUUGUAA